AAUAGCAUCCUGUUUCGAUACAUUAUAGUUAGAUGACAAGAUAAAACAGUAAUAAUUUUGUUCGCACUAGCGAGGUGCGAGAAUCGAAAUGUAAUGAAUGUAAAUAUCCUAAAAGUGCUAAGUGUACGAAUAAAAUGACAAUGACAUGGAAGCGAGUUAAGGAGCAAAUAGGAGUAGCCAUCUAUAAUUUUGCACAUCCAACCUCGUACGCAAUAUGCUUGACAGUCGGAGAGGUUGUACAGAUAUUAGAGGAGUACGGAGAUUGGUAUUAUGGCCGCAGCAAGUCGAAGGGUACAUGUGGAAUUUUUCCAAAAGCCUAUAUACAUAUCCUACAGAAAUCGGCAAAUACGGAUAAUUUAGUACAUGAAAUCACUAACGUUUUGAGAGAAUGGGGCCAUCAUUGGAAGCAUCUAUAUAUGACACACUCCGAGCACUUCAGGACAAUGCAGCAGCAAAUUUUGGAUGCAAUAGGAUACAGAAGCAAGAUUUUAAGUGGCACUCUAACAGUAGACGAAUUAAAAGAUAUGAAAAGAUUAGCAACAGCAAGAAUAGACACUGGGAAUCAACUGUUGGGCUUGGACAUGGUAGUGCGAGACGAGCAUGGAAAUGUUUUACAUCCAGAAGAAACAAGCACUAUCCAAUUAUAUUAUCAUCAUGAAACUGCUGCAGAAAGAAUAAGAAAGGCAUCUAAUGACACCAAGAAAAAACCCCAUAAGCCACAAGUACCUGUAUAUUCACAUAUCUUUUUUGUCAGUGUGAGAAAUUUUGUAUGUAAAAUGACGGAGGAUGUAGAGCUGCUAUUAACUUUGUACGACGGUAGAGAGAUGAAAGCUAUCACAGAAAAUUACGUAGUAUCGUGGAGUAAAGAGGGACUCGCAAGGGACAUCGAUCAAUUGCACAACCUUAGAGUACUCUUUACGGAUCUCGGUUCCAGAGAUUUGACGAGGGAUAAAGUUUAUUUAGCCUGUUACGUGAUCAGAGUUGGUGGAAUGGAAGCCAAAGAACCGGAUCAUCGUCGUUCGAGCGUGGCACAAAUUAAUCAGAAUAAAUCCAAAGGCGUGGAGAAUAUGAGGAGACCGUUUGGUGUAGCUGCGAUGGAUAUUACUUUGUUUAUUACCGGCAAACUCGAGGGAGAUGUUGAACAGCAUCAUUUUAUACCUUUUAUACAUUGUGAGAAGGAUAGUCUUGAUGGUAUAUUACGCAGGAUAAUCGCACAAAAAGAAGCAAAUAUCCAAAAACAUAUGAAUGGCAAUAUUACUAAUAUCACUGGUGGACAAGGAUUAUGGACAAGCUUAAAAUUGUUAAGAGGUGAUCCUAAGCAGGUGCGAGAUGAAAAUCCACAUCUUGUACUCGGUAACGUCGCUAUUGCGCGUAAAAUGGGAUUUCCAGAAGUUAUUUUGCCAGGUGAUGUACGCAAUGAUUUGUAUUUGACUUUAAUUAGUGGUGAAUUCAGCAAAGGCUCAAAAUCUACAGACAAAAAUGUGGAAGUGACGGUUAAAGUAUGCAACGAACAUGGCAUAGCAAUUCCUGGAGUCAUGACAUUAGGUGGCGGUGCAUCUCCAAUUGACGAAUAUCGUAGUGUUAUUUAUUACCACGAAGACAAGCCUAGAUGGUGCGAAACGUUCAAGAUUGCCAUACCUAUAGAAGAAUUCAAGCAGGCUCACUUAAAGUUUACAUUCAAGCAUCGCAGUUCUAACGAAGCGAAGGACAGAUCCGAAAAACCAUUUGCUUUAAGUUACGUUCGAUUAAUGCAACGCAAUGGAACAACUCUGCAAGAUAUACAACAUGAAUUAUUGGUUUAUAAAUUAGAGCAAAAGAAAUAUGAUGAGAGCGAUAUAUCUUACUUUAAAUUGCCAUCAACACGUGGAGAAUUGGCUGAAUUAAAUCUGGAGAAAAAACCAAGUUUUGGAACACUAACAUUGAGCAGUAAAGAUAGCUUUUUGAUAGCGACAAAUAUUUGCUCAACUAAAUUAACUCAGAAUGUAGAUUUGUUAGGUUUACUUAAUUGGGCAUCACAUAAUACUGACUUAAAGGAAUCUUUAGCUGCUUUAAUGAAGGUUGAUGGGGAAGAAAUAGUAAAGUUUCUUCAGGAUGUUUUGGAUGCUUUAUUUAACAUUUUAAUGAGUAAUUCGGACAGUGAUGUCUACGACGACAUGGUUUUUGAGUGCCUUUUAUAUAUUAUCGGACUCGUGUCCGAUAGAAAGUAUCAGCACUUCCAGCCAGUAUUAGAUUUAUACAUUUCUGAAAGUUUUUCUGCAACUCUCGCCUAUAAGAAAUUAAUCACGGUAUUACAUAAGCGUAUAAACAAGGUCGGCAACAGCGAUGGUCAGGAGCGUGAUUUAUUACUGAAGACAAUGAAAAGUCUGCAAUACUGCAUGAGAUUCAUUGUCGAAUCUCGUCUUUUAUUUACUGAAUUAAAUCAGGACGAAGAAGAAUUCUCACAAACAUUGACCGAUUUGUUGCGAUCUAUCGUUAAUUUCAUGAGUUAUGAGACAGAUGGGACUCUGUUGGUUCAAGGAGCGUGUCUCAAAUACCUACCAACGACGAUACCUCAUUUAUUAAGGGUUUACAGUGGCAAGCAAUUGAGCACGAUUCUGACAGAUUUACUUGUGACUCUACCAGCGGGUAGAUUGACCAAGCAAAAGAUGAUGACGGUGAACGACAUCGUUCACAGUCCGCUUUUUCUAAAUGUGGAGUGCAGAGCGAUCUUACUGCCUAGGAUUAUCAUACUUGUAAGAGAUUUAUUGGAAGCUAAAGAAGAGGGGCUAUCAAGUACGCCUGGAAAGAGCGUGGCGAAGGUAGCCAGGCUGCUAGGCGAAAAUCGACAUCGACUCAACCAGCACCGCGGCUACUCCGAAGAGGUGGAACUAUGUGUCAAGAUAUUGUCUGACAUUCUAGAAUUAACUUUUAGAAAAGACAUAGGCAGUACAAUUUCGGAUGUCAAGGAGAUAAUGUUAACAGCCCUACGCACUAUUAUACAGACUGUUAUAUCAAUGGACAGAGAAAAUCCCUUAGUAGGAAACUUGGUCUCAGUCAUGCUGGCGAUAUUCAGACAAAUGACACAACACCAUUACGAAGUAUACAUUAAUCACUUCGGAACGAAGAUUGAUUUACUUGACUUUCUCAUGGAGAUACUGCUGGUCUUUAAAGAUCUAGUUUCUAGAAGCGUAUUUCCAGGGGAUUGGUGCGAAAUGAUUAUGCUACAGAAUAGCGUUAUCUUAAAGUCCUUGCGGUACUUCUCGGGCACAAUUAGAGAUUACUUUUUCACCGAGUUUGAGCAGCAAGCAUGGUCAAAUUUCUUCCACUGCGCUAUCGCGUUUUUAACUCAACCUGCUCUACAAUUGGAGAUAUUCACACCUGCGAAACGAAAUCGCAUUAUCACGCGUUAUAACGACAUGCGCAGAGAAACCGCGUUUGAAAUCCGAUCAAUGUGGUUCAACUUGGGACAACACAAAAUACUCUUUGUACCCGCUCUAGUUGGCGCAAUUCUUGAAAUGGCAUUAAUACCUGAAACAGAAUUGAGAAAAGCUACUAUACCCAUCUUUUUCGAUAUGAUGCAAUGCGAAUACUAUAGUUCACGCAUAGUGGAAGGAUAUGGAGACACUAAACGUGAUCCUGCUCACAUCAAAGCUAAUUUUACAGAAUAUGAAAACGAAAUGAUAGCAAAACUGGAUAUCUUGGUGGAAGGAGGCAGAGGCGAUGAACAAUUUCGUACGCUUUGGAUGCAUGUUAUGGGUUCUUUGUGCGAGAAACAUUCUACGAUGCGAGAACAAGGGUUACGCUUCGUGGACACAAUCGCUAAACUCAUGGAACGCUUGUUGCAAUAUCGCGACAUUAUUCACGCAGAAUCCCAAGAACAUCGUAUGCUUUGCACCGUAAAUUUAUUAGAAUUCUAUUCCGAGAUUAAUAGGAAGGAAAUGUAUAUCAGAUACGUGAAUAAACUAUGCGAAUUACAUUUAGAAUGCGAUAAUUAUACGGAAGCAGCUUAUUCUCUGAAACUCCAUAGUCAAUUAUUAGCAUGGAGUGAUCAACCUUUACCGCCUUUGUUAAUAUCGCACAGAUAUCCAUUGUGCCAGACACAUCGUGAACUAAAGGAAGCAUUAUACAAUGACAUCAUCGAUUACUUUGACAAGGGAAGAAUGUGGGAAUGCGCUCUUGCCGUUUGCAAGGAAUUAAUAUCGCAAUACGAAGAAGAGACAUUCGAUUACUUGCAAUUAUCUGUAUUAUUAAGACGCAUGGCAAAGUUCUAUGAUUGCAUAGUGAAACAGUUAAGACCUGAACCAGAAUACUUCAGAGUCGCAUACUAUGGUAAAGGACAUCCUGUUUUUCUCCAGAACAAGGUGUUUGUUUAUCGAGGAAAGGAAUACGAACGACUUAGCGAUUUUUGCUCAAGAACGUUGAAUCAAUUACCGAACGCGGAGCAAAUGAACAAAUUAUGUCCACCUGCGAUGGAAAUGCUGGAAUCCAAUAAUCAGUAUGUGCAAAUUAACAAAGUGGAGCCAUUGAUGGAUGAAAAGAGGCAUCGUCUAAGUGGUAAACCAGUUACUGCAGAAGCAGUUUUGAGAUACCAUCGAGUGAAUGACGUACAACGCUUCAGAUUUUCAAGACCCGCGCCAAGAAAAGAAAUUAUUUCGAUAGCUGGUGAUAAAGAAAAGGAAGUAAAUGUUGGCACUAACAACAGUAAUGAGUUUGCUUCCUUGUGGUUGGAAAGAACAGUACUUGUUACAAGUUACCCGUUGCCAGGAAUUCUUCGUUGGUUUCCUGUGACGUCUAGCGAGACAUACUUAGUCAGCCCAUUAAGAAAUGCGAUUGAAACUAUGGAAGCUACGAAUACAGCAUUGAGGGAUCUCAUUGUUGCUCACAGAAGCGAUCCCAGUCUUCCGUUAAACCCUUUGAGCAUGAAAUUGAACGGCAUAUUGGAUCCAGCAGUAAUGGGUGGUAUCGAUAAUUAUGAAAAAGCUUUCCUCAACGCGGAGUACAGAGAUAGCCAUCCGGAUGAGAGUUCAGACCUUCUCAAAUUAGAAGGACUUAUUGCGGAGCAAAUUCCCCUCCUCUGUGUAGGUCUUCAGUUACACAAAACACGAGCGCCUAACGAGUUGGCACCGUUUCAUCAACGUUUAGAACAAUGUUUCGUGUCAAUGCGUAAUCAAGUAGAAGCAAAAUAUGGAAAAAGGACAUGUGAUUUGCAAAUUGAGAGCCUAACGCAAACCGUGACCAUGCGAAGACCACCAACUUCACGAGGAGAUAAUCACUGCCUGUCUGAGUCAAAUAUGAAUAAUUCAGAGGUAUCCUCACUUACAAGACCCCAAGUUGCAACGUUUAAAUCACUUGCAUCGUUCAAUUUUAACAACAGCACAUCACCGAGUGGUGCUCAAAACAUCAAUUUGUCAAGGAACAACUCCAUGCGCUCGCAUAUAUUGUCAACGGCCUCUUUGCAAAAGGCCUUGGGAAAUCCGAGUCCAGGAACGUAUAAGAAGAAAGAUACAAAGCGUAAAAGUUCACGAAAAAGUGAUUCCACCACAGUGACGAAAACUGAACAACCGACCAGCCAAUGGUACACUACAGCCGAAAUAUCCCACAGCUCAGCGUCGUCCAUUACGUCGUUGUCUAAUUUACAAUCACCGCACUCUGCUGUAUUUGAGCUUCGACAAGAGCUGACGCCAAAACGUCCUUUAAGAUCGGAAGUGGAGAAGGAACGAAGAAUGAGCAAUCGUUGGUCCGGUCAAUCUCAACACUACCUAAGGAGCGCAAACAACGGAGUAGAAUCAAGCGGUUUGGGAAAAGGAAAUAGAGACAGCGUCGGCACAACGGACAGCACUGCGUCCGAGGACGAUCCACCGCCGCCUCUACCGAUUAAAAUGCGCGAAGCCGAUUAUUGUAAUCUUCCGGAGGAGUUAUCUACUAAUCAUACAAUAGCGAAUGCCAUGAAUAAUCUGAGCAAGUCUUUGGGACAGUGGAAGAGCAAGUUGCCGACGCCCACUGAUGACAACCUGGAUAGUUUCUCUAAACCGCCGACACCGCCACCGAAACCGAAAAGACCGGUUAACUUGAAACUCAUACUCACGUCUAAUAGCAGUGAAAACGUCGAGGACUCGUCGAACGCAUAAUGUAAAAUCCUGGCUUCAUGUUGUCUAUCUUGCCGAGAGUUGUGAACAGAAUAAGUAUAUCACCUUUGUAAGCGUUCUCCGUUGAUUUUUGUAUUGUCGAUCUUUAGAAGAGUUACCAUUCUGUUAAAGUUAGUGUUUUAUUAUAUUGUUUUGUGCCUUUCUUUCGCGGUUUAAGAUAACCGAAUAAGUAUACGCCACUAAAAUAUAAAUAUACGAAUAUUAGUGUAUUCUGUAGAACAGAAGGUAUUACUUCUACAACAAGCUAAAACAAGCAACUGACAAAAGAAUGCAAUAGAUUUAAAAAAGCGCAACAUUUUAUAACUUACAGUAUGCAUGUGACGAGAGUUAUAACGAUAUGUAUAAGUUAUAAUCAUAUCAUAUCAUCAGAAUGCAUUUGCCACAUUUUUAAUCUUACAUACAAUAGUACUUUGUGUUUUCUCAGAAAGAAACUUUUCAAGUUUUGUGACACGAUCAAAAAUAGGGAAAAAGAAUUGUCCUUAUGAAAAUUGUUUUUAAUCUUCAAAGAGGAAAUCGUGAAGAUUUUGUUCAAUCGCUAAACUUGCCGCAAAAUAUGAUACUCAUUUCGAGAUGUUAUACUGAUUUCGAGAUGAUCUCGAGGCCUAAAAAUAUCUCAUCAAUCAUUCUCUCUAUAAGUACAAGUUUUUCAAAUGUUUUAAUAUUGUACCAUUUACAUUUCACAUGCUUGCUGUAAUAUUCAUCACAACGCAGGAUAAUAACGCUAUAAUAACGUCCAUUAGUUCUUUCGAUCAAAGACCUCAUUUGCGCACAAAUGGUUUUGGACAUAUAUAUUUAUGACAAAUACAUAUUUUUAUAAAUUUUGAUAUGAAACUUAUACACGUAACUGUAAAGGUAAGAAAAAGUUUGGAAACCUUUUACAUUUGAUACUAACUAUUUUGAUCGAAUUUGCUAUCAAUAAUAUGAUAUGAAAGAUGUGCAUUAAAUAUAGUAAAGAACAGUUAACUUUUUGCAUCGGUUUGUUACGAUAUUCUAACUUAUUUUAUAAAUUCGAUUUUUUAUAAAAUAAUUAUUUGUAGUCAUAAUUUAACCGCAACAUAGUUACUAUUUAAAUAUUAUCAAGCCAUUGUGAUCUAGUGGUAAAAAAAUUUAUAUGAGUUAGUGUUUGAAUAAGUCAAUCAUAUUUGUUAACAACGAGACUGCAGUCUUUAUGUUAACUUAUUUUAAAUGUACAAGGAGAUAUUGAUUGUUUACCAAUAUAUUCAAUAAGAAUAAGUAUGCAGCAAGUAGUACUGCAUAUCGUUUUGCAUGUUUGUUUUCAUAAUCCAUAAAAAAUGAAUUAUUUGGUUGAAAUACUUUUGAUACAACAUACAUAUUAUGUGUGAUCAUAGUAUGAUUAAUGAUACCAUGACAAGCUGUUUUUCUUAAUUGAGCACAAAAUCAGAAUUGCGUGGAUUAUGAAAGUGGCUAUAAUCUUUAAUUUUAUUAAGACUUUAUAAUUAAUGAGAAUAUCGAUUUUUGCAUUAUCUUUUAGUUACAGCAAGUGCUAAAAAGUUACUCGACAUCAGAAGCAAUUGUUCAUAAUGUGCUAUACAAGCUAUUUAUUUUCUUUCGUCAUUGUCUUGAGUCUCACACCAAAGAGAUUAGUGCUUUAUUUAUUAAAAGCUUUAGAAUAUUAUAUGUAUUGCUGAAAAAACAAUAAUAUAUCGUGUAAUAUAUUGAUAUUUACAUCUAAUGCAUGAUAAAGAAAAUAAGCUAAAAGAUAAAGGACUUGAUAGACUAUAUAUUAAUGUAGCAAAGAUCUGUAUUCUGUAUAAAAUUAUUGUUUUUUUUGUUAGUUUACAGAACUUGUUUGCUUGUUUGCGGAAUAAAUCUCCGAAGAAUACAAACUACAUAUACAUAUGUUUGAACAGAGCAUUUACGAAUACAGUUCUUAGCUUUACUUAGUUUGUUGUGUACCCGAAAAAAAAUUGACAAUAUAUCGAGCUUAAACAUUAUAAGGAAUUAAUAUAGUGCCAUUUCUAAUUA